UCUAUUGUCUCGCUCGGAGUUAUAGGUGAAGAUAUUAUGAAAGCUUGACGUUAAGUGAUAAACCUUUAAAACAUGUCAGUGGUAUGCAGUAUGGAUGAAGGUGAUGCGAUUAUAAAACUGAAGGAUUAUAAUGGAAACCUCCCACAUUCCAUAAUAACUCGAGAGAUGGAGGAAGUGGAAGAAAAGCUUGAGAAAAUGACAGCUGAAGAAGAAGAAAGACGUAGGAAGGAAAUGGAAAAGGAAGAAAAUGAACUGAAAGAACAGCGAUAUAAGCGACUGACGCAUUUGUUAACCCGAAGUCAGUUCUACACAGAGUUUAUGGUAAAGAAGUUGGAUUCACAUAAAUCACAAUUGACAAAGAAAUCUAUCUGGCGUCCUGAAGUGGAAUCAUCGAGUGAAGAAGUAAAUGUUGGAAUAAAUGGUAGCAACACUAAUACACACCAUCUGCAUGAACGCAAUGAAAACAGUUCAUCACAGACUUCAGGUGGUGGGUCUUCAGUCAGAAAAGAUGCCACCAGGGCAAAAGGUUCACAGAAUGUUGCAAGAACUAAGCGGAAACUCGACACAUACAACAUUGCAGACAUAAUAGACUCUGAGACCAUCAGUGGGAUUGGUAAGAAGGCAAGAUUGGAUGCUGCAGCAAAAUUGUUGCCACCAGAGAAGGAGAACCGCAAGCAACAAGAACAGGUUGCAGGGACCAGAGAAACAGCGUAUGGAUUUGUGGUGUCUGAACGCCAGCCUCUCCUGUUUGAGGGAGGAGCCUUAAGACCAUAUCAGCUUGAUGGACUAGACUGGCUCAAGUUGCUGUACGAGAAUGGUGUUAAUGGGAUCCUGGCAGAUGAAAUGGGACUUGGAAAGACACUUCAAGUUAUUGCGCUUUUCUGUCACUUAAUUGAAAUGCAUGUAACAGGACCAUUUCUUGUUGUUGCUCCUCUUUCCACACUCCCUAACUGGAUGUUGGAGUUUGAAAGAUUUGCUCCUCAGGUACAUGUUCUCCUAUUCCAUGGGAGUGAAAACCAACGCUCUGAAAUGUACCCUCUCCUCUGUAAAAAGAAUGAAGUAAAUGGAAUAGCUGUAUGCCCUGUUGUUUUGACAUCAUUUGAAAUUCCGCUGAGAGAAAAGAUACUGCAGAGGAUCAAGUGGAGCUAUGUUGUUGUGGAUGAGGGACAGCGGCUCAAGAACUACAAGAGUAUGCUGUCAAGGGAGCUGAAGAUGUAUCACACUGGGAACCGACUGCUGUUGACAGGCACUCCACUUCAGAAUAAUCUAUCUGAACUGUGGUCAUUACUUAAUUUCUUGCUGCCAGAAAUCUUUGAUGAUCUGGCAGUGUUCGAGGCGUGGUUUGAUGUCUCAGAAUUGCAGCAGUCUGACAGCAGUGAGAAGAUCAUUAUGCAGGAAGAGCAGAAGAAUGUUUUGUCAAUAAUGCACCAGAUUCUUACGCCCUUCCUAUUACGCCGUGUGAAGGCUGAUGUUGCUCUGAACAUUCCGCCAAAGAAGGAGUUGCUUGUGUAUGCUCCUAUGUCACCUGUGCAGCUAGAACUGUACCGAGCCACAGUGGAACAUAACUACAAGAAGCUGCAGGGGAAAACUGAGGAGAGUGUUGUCAUUCCUGACCGGCAAGAUGGUAAACGUGCAAAGCGGAAGUGCAGUGCUCAAAAAAAUUAUUCAUUUGACCUAAUGGAAAAAUUUGAUGAAUUUGAUGAGCAUUCAAACUCAAGCUCAGAUUGUAAUAUCAUAAUAAAAGACAAAGAAGAUGAGAGUUACAAAAUCAUGUUAAAAAUGGUACAUCCCAUGAUGCAGCUACGUAAGAUUGUCAAUCACCCAUAUUUGGUGCACUUUCCACUUGUGCCAGGAAAGAAUGAGCUCAAAGUUGAUGAAGAGCUAGUCAACAGAUCAGGAAAACUUCUGGUUCUUGAUGCUAUGUUGGUGAAAUUGAAACAAAGAGGACAUAAGAUUCUCCUGUUCUCGACCUUUACAUCCCUGCUAGACCUAUUAGAGGACUAUUUACUCAUGCGGAAUUAUAAGUAUGUCCGUUUGGAUGGGUCUACCAAGGUUGGGGACCGGCAGGAACGGAUCAGGGCAUUCAAUACUGAUGCAAGCCUCUUCAUAUUUCUCAUCUCGACUCGUGCUGGUGGACUUGGAAUCAAUCUUACGUCUGCUGAUACUGUCAUUAUUUAUGACAGUGAUUGGAAUCCACAAGUGGAUUUGCAAGCCCAAGACCGUUGCCAUCGCAUUGGCCAAACCAGACCAGUUGUUGUGUAUCGAUUUGUGACAGCUGGAACUGUUGAUGAGCAGAUUGUGGAGCGAGCUGCUGCUAAGAGGAAAUUAGAAAAGAUGGUGAUCCAAAGAGGCUUAUUUAAACUUAACAAAAGGGAACAGGAAGACAUAAUCAAUCUUCGAGAACUGCUGGACCUUCUUAAUUCACAUGACCACCAGAAAGUGAUCCAUUCUAAUGGUUAUGUGUUCACUGAUGAGGAAUUGGAAGCAUUGUUGGAUCGCAGUGAUAUGCUGUCUGCAGCAUCUGUGUCAGACACUGGAAUCCAGACGGAGAGAAAUUGCAGAGCUAAACACUACAAGGUUGUUGACCAGCAGUGUGGAGAUUCAAAGCUUGAACAGUUCAGCUGAAGGAAGCAUGGCAGUGGAAGCACAUUGGAAGUUACACUGGCAGCUGGGCUUUAUGUACACGAGUUGAAAGUGCACUGUAGAAUCUCAUCAAAGAAAAGAAAGCAUUCUUGUGCUUCCUUUCUCACUCUUGUAUUUAUGUAAGUUCCUAUAAAUAGUAUGUACAGAUAUUCAAGAUGUUCUGAACCUUAAUUUUUUUUGUACAGAAAUUCUUUGUUUGUUUUCAAAAAUAACAGUAUGACACCAAGGCUCUGAAAUGGCAACAUUCCAAUUGAGAAUAAGGGAGCUUUCUGUCUAAUAAAAUGUCACAUUUUCCCCUAACCACUCAUUUGUAAAUUUGUCAUAUGUGCUGUCUCUUUUUAAGAUACUGUUCAUUACAUGAUACGUGAAUCUUGUAGUGAUUCUGACUUGCUUCUGUUUAUUGAAAAUUACUUUUUUUUUUUCAUUAAAACAUUAAAUAAUUUUAGCUUAAUAAAGAAUUGUCUUUGUUACAGCCAUGUUUUCUGUGUUUCAGUUCUUAUGGUAUAUGUUUAUAGUUAAAGCUGCAGUGUUGCAGAAUGGGAUGCCAUGUGGCCUGAUAGGUGGUUAUCAAUGUUUUGGAGUAAGAGUUUCUCAGAAACACUGGUAACCAUCUACCAGUUACAUGGCAUCACAUUCCAGAAGACUAGAAUCCUUUCACAUUGUGAGAACCUAAAAUUUUAUCUCUCUUUAGUUGUUUGAGAAAUUUUGUCAAGAAUUCUGGUUCUGUAACUCUUCAUAUCAGUGACCCUUGGCAUAAAACAGUUUUAUCUGUAUGUGUUUAUUCAUCCUGUAAAUUAAAUAAAUGUGAUCUGAAAUCAAAUACUUUAUGUACAUGUAUCAUCACCAGUGCACUGACACAAAACUUAAUUAAGAGAAACACAUGAAGAGGAUGAUCUUCCGGGUUCUCAUGCCACAUAUUUCAGAAGUCCACCAAUAUAUCGGAGCAGUGUGAUCCAAAAAAUCAUACUCACCAUAAUCAGUGCUAUAAAUUUAUUACAAACAAAUGUCCAUAACUCCUAGCAGUGGAGAAUUAGAAACAAAGAAGAGAUAGAUGAGAUAUUGAAGAAAGAAGAUAUGGUUAGAUUUAUAAAGGCAAGAAGAAUUGACUGGCUGAGACAUGUAGAAAGAAUGGAUGCUAACUGAAUGCCAUGGAAGAUCCAUACUAAAAAGAGUACAAGGCAGACCAAAACUGAGAUGGUUUGGUGAGGUCACAGAACACCUUAGGAUAUUGAAAAUUAAAGAUUGGAGAUCCACUGCAAUGGACACAGAUGCUUGGAAGCUGUUGGUGCAGGAGGCUGCAGGAGGCCAAGGCCC